UGUUCAGAAGUAUUAAAACACCAUCACAGUUUGAGUUUCAUUUCCCCAUGGAUGCCCACUGAGGGGCAGAGAGCGUUGGUUCUGGGACACUCUCACUCUACCGUGGAUGGGAACCUAAGGCUAACCAAAACCAUUCAUUCAGCUGCCUAAAACUCCCAGAAUAGGGUGUGAAAAUGAAGAUCAACUGGCAGUAUCGAUUUUUGUGUCGCAUGUGCUGUUUUCUGGGGUUCCUGACAUCAACUACUUUCCAACAGCAGACAAGGUUUCCGGUAACAUUCAGUUCCAGCACGAAUGCGGAUCUUUGCCCUGUGACCAGAAUUGGCCAAGAUGAUCUGCCAGGAUAUGACCUGAUUUCACAAUUCCAGCUUGAUAAAGCUGCUUCCAGGGGCAUUAUCCAGCGUGUGGUGGGUUCCACAGAUUUGCAAGUGGCUUAUAAAUUAGGCACAACUGUAGACUUCAGGAUUCCUACUAGAUCUUUGUAUCCAAAUGGAUUACCUGAUGAAUAUUCCAUUCUAACAACUUUUCGGAUGGCUGGAAGUACACUUCAGAAAUACUGGAGCGUUUGGCAGGUUCUGGAUGUUUCUGGAAAUGAACAAGUUGGGUUGAAGUUUAAUGGACCAGCCAAAUCUGUUGAGUAUUCGUAUAAAGGAACUGAUGGAGUUCUCCAGACAGCAAUAUUUUUGGACUUGCCAUAUCUAUUUGAUUCCCAAUGGCAUAAGGUUAUGGUCGGUAUAGAAAGGAGCACAAUCACUCUUUAUAUUGACUGCACUUUGAUCCAAACUUUAAGCAUUACACCAAGAGGAAAGAUCAGCGUUGAUGGCUUUACCACAUUGGGGAAACUGAGAAAUAAUCCUCAGAUGUCAGUUCCGUUUGAAAUCCAGUGGAUGCUGAUUCAUUGUGACCCUCAACGACCUCAAAGAGAAACUUGCGGUGAACUUAUAGCCAGGAGCUCGAUAAGCCAGACAAUUAUCAAGAGAGGCCCCCCAGGAGCACAAGGCCCCCCUGGCCCCCCGGGCCCUCCUGGAGUUCCUGGCAUUGAUGGCAUAGACGGAGACAGAGGACCUAAUGGUCCACUAGGCCCUUCGGGUCCAGAUGGUGAGCCAGGGAAGCCGGGUGUCCCUGGAUCGCCAGGAGUACCAGGAGCUGAUGGAUUGACAGGCCCUGAUGGAUCAUCAGGCCCAGCUGGCCCAAAAGGACAAAAGGGUGAACCCGGGUUGCCUGGAGGCCGUGGACUUCCUGGAAAAGGAAUACCUGGAUCUUCAGGGCCUCCUGGUAUAGCAGGACUUCCUGGAGAAGUGGGUAGAGUUGGGCCAUCUGGUGAUCCUGGAAGAAGAGGCCCUCCAGGAGUACCAGGACCUCCAGGCCCUAGGGGAACAGUUGGGCUUCACGAUGGAGAUCCACUGUGUCCCAAUGCUUGUCUACCAGGCCGACCAGGAUAUGCUGGGCUAAUGGGCAUGAAGGGUCACAAGGGAACACAAGGAGAACCAGGUGAACCAGGAAAACAAGGCCAUAGGGGAGAAGAAGGUGACCAAGGAGGAAUGGGUGAAAUUGGCACUCAAGGCACUCCAGGCUCUCAUGGGUUAAGAGGUAUAACCGGCAUAAUGGGAUCCAAAGGUGAUAAAGGUGCUCGGGGUUUGGAUGGAGAUCCUGGUCCACAAGGUCUUCCUGGAGCUCCUGGUGAUCAAGGACAAAGAGGUGCCCUGGGAGAAAUGGGUCCGAAAGGAGAGAGAGGUCCACAAGGUGUAAGAGGAGUUACUGGGCUUCCUGGACCUAAAGGAGAACAUGGUUUAUCUGGUGUUGAUGGUCGUGAUGGGAUCCCUGCCAUGCCAGGAUCGAAGGGCGAACCAGGAAAACCAGGCCCUCCAGGUGAUGUAGGACUUCAGGGGCAGCCAGGAUUACCUGGUACUCCUGGAGUAAAAGGUGUUACUGGCGAAAAGGGCAAUGCAGGUCCUUCUGGGAUACCUGGCUUGAUGGGGAAUUCGGGAAAACCUGGAGAACGAGGGCCUCAAGGAGAACAAGGACCAAUUGGACCCAGAGGUCCCCCUGGUGGUAGAGGUGAAGUAGGUCUGGCUGGUCCUUCAGGUCCUCCAGGUAAAAUGGGUGCUGAUGGUGACAUUGGCCUGCCCGGUUUGCCCGGGCCUCCGGGAUUGCCUGGCCCAAGUGGUGACAGGGGUUCAGUUGGUGAACCAGGGCCUAAAGGAGAUCAGGGUGCUGCUGGUGGAGAAGGAGAACCUGGACGAAAAGGCGAACUUGGUGACAUGGGUUUGCCAGGCCCUAAAGGAUCUGUUGGGAAUCCUGGUGAACCUGGGUCACGUGGGCCUGAAGGAAGUCGAGGUUUGCCUGGUAUAGAAGGAUUGCGGGGCCCACCUGGUCCUCGUGGUUUACAAGGCCCACAAGGAGCUCCUGGUUUGCCUGGGAGUCAGGGUCCAGCUGGCAGAGAGCCAACCGAUGCUCACAUUAAGCAGGUUUGCAUGAGAGUAAUGCAAGAACAACUGGCUCAAUUGGCCGCCAGCCUUCGGAGGCCAGAAUUUGGUGCCCCGGGUCUCCCAGGCCGUCCUGGUCCUCCUGGUCCUGCUGGUUCACCUGGAGAAAAUGGUUUCCCAGGCCAAAUGGGCUCUCGAGGUCUGCCUGGCCUCAAGGGGCCGCCUGGUGAGAUUGGACUGAAAGGCCCCAAAGGUGAUACAGGUGAAAAGGGGGAGAGAGGACUCCCAGGUCGAGGACCCAAAGGCUUGCCUGGAACAACAGGACUCCCAGGAGAACCGGGGAAGGCCAGUUAUGGCACAGAUGGACAGGAUGGCGACCGGGGGCCCCCUGGGACAGCUGGGCUACCUGGCGUUCCAGGUCCCCCUGGCCCCCCAGGUCCCGCUGGUUAUUGUGAGCCAGCGGCCUGCACCAUGCAAGCCGGACUGAGAGAGGGCAAAAACGUGAAAGGCCCGUGAGACAUGCCAACGGUUAGGGAGUUACUGGAAACAACCUAUUGUCUGCACACACAUCUGGCAACAGAGAAAAAUGAGCAGAGGAGUCACCUUCAGUAACAACACAGAGAAUCCUAUCAAAGACUUGACAGACUUAAAACACACUGGUUGUCACCUUCUCCAGUUUGAACAAACAAGAUAUGACAAUCAGAUUUAUCUUCUUUAAUGGUGCUUAUAAAAUAAUACCAGAUGGCUUUUUCUUAUUGUGGUGAAAGGCAGCUGUCUAUUUUUUUUUAAAAAAAAUGACUUAUUCCAAAAAUACUAACCUUAAACUUCCCCCUUUUCAUAUUGUAAUGCAACACAACCUCCAUGAGAAUUAUAUCAUUCAGUUGUGUUAACAUCAUUUGUAAAAUAAAUUGUAUUUGUCUUUUUUCAACAUAGAUGCUAAAAGUUAGCUGUACUCUCCUGUCAGCGUGAAACAGCUGCUACAUAAAAACAGGGUGAGAAGCCUGAGUAAAUGUUGGAACACCUGGUCAUAUAACACGUAAAAUCAUCUUUAUACCUGGGUGGGUUUCUGCUCCACCAUGAAGUGAAUUCUGUUUAAUGUCUUAGCUUCAUCAGCUCUACCUUGUGUCCAUCUGUCUAAAAACAGACAAAGAAGUCAAAAAGCCACUGGUAAGGGAAUUGCAAUCUUUGGAAACACCUAAGAUUUAUAGAUGAGUUUAUUUAUUUUUAAAGAUCUUGCAUCAUGUCUCUGGUUGUAUAAAAAAGUGAAAUAAAUAACAUUUUUUAA